GUCGCAUCUUUCAGUAGACAUUGAGCCUUAGAAGGGUGAGGCCACGUUGUUCUCUCCGCACCUCACUCAUAAACGUGACUCCAUUACUUGUGUUUUAAAAAAGUUAUUAUACACUAAUGGUGGUACAAAAAAAAAAAUAGAACUUUGUGAUGGAUAUUUGAACUGAACUUGGAAAGAGAAAGUUUGAACGUACUGACGCCGUGAACUUAAUGGAAAUAGUUGAAAGUUAAUGAAAGGAGCUUCUUUUGAGUACUGUGACGAGAGUGAAUUAAAAGUUACUUAGUAUUUUUUUUAUUUAUUCUAACCACGAAGACUGAGAGAAAUAAGGACAAUUCUGUGACCCACCACACGAAAGCAUGGAGCUAAGACCGGGUAACCUUCUGCUGAGCCUACUGCUGCUAGCUCUCCUGAAGGUUACAGACAGCGACCAGAGCAGCGACAGGGAGGUGCUGCAGCAGGCGGUACAGGAGAUGCCAGUAGAUGACAUGGCACCUGACAAUAACGUGACAGUGCCCUCGUGUUGUGCUCUUGGUAUGACGUUUAACAUGAGCUAUAUGGAGUGUGAGCCAGCUGUCAACACCGUCCCUAUCAAAUUUCAUUAUGAGGACGGCCAACCAGUGGAGUACAAGUUCGCCUACCACGUACAAGUUGGCUUCCUCAAGUGUCCCUCCUACAGCCUACAACCUGAAGCAGACCCAGGCGACACUUUCUACUUACUGCCUGACGGAAAGCUUAAGCUGGAGGCCACAGGUGAUGUGCUUGGUUCAGGGCAGUUUUGUAUGCUGGCAACUGAGGAAGUGAUGCACGCCCUUGUUUGCUUCGAUGAGUCACAUAACUCCAAUUUCGAGCAAGUCAUUUUCAAAGAGGUGUACCCGGUGGGCUUAAUCAUCUCAGCAAUAUUCCUGGGAGCUACUCUCUUCGUGUACUGCCUGGUGGUGGAGCUGCGGGACCUCCUCGGGUGCUGUCUCAUGUGCAGCGUCCUAGCCUUGGGUGUUGCACAGAUAUUCACAGUGAUAACGCAGAAAGCUAGCCAGCACUUAUCGCCUACCGCGUGUGUGACUGUAGGUAUUAUGAUGCACUUCUGGUACCUGUCUGCCUUCCUGUGGCUUAACGUUAUCUGUUUCAACGUCUUCCUAACUGUCUGCCGUAAGAACUACCUGCAGAAGGGCCACAGCACCAACAGAUGGUUCCUGGUGUACUCCUGCUACGCGUGGGGCCUCUCCCUCCUGGUGUGUCUCCUCGCCGUGGCCAGGGACUUCUCCACAGGCCUGCAGAACUCCUUCCUCCCCAAACCUAACUUCGGGCAAGGCAGAUGCUGGUUUUCAGGUGACGACGCGCUGAUCAUCUUCUUCUAUGGACCCACGUCAGUAGUGCUCGGGAUCAAUGUUAUUCUGUUCUGCAUCUCCGCAUACAAGCUGUGUUCUCUUAGUAAAAGCUCGGAGGCAAGAUCUUUCCAGUUCACAUUGUACCUGAAGCUGUUUGUUCUAAUGGGCAUCACCUGGAUUUUCGAAGUGAUCUCUUUCUUCGUGCAGCGAAAGACUUCCAGUUCAAUCGGCAACUACGUGUGGCUGGUGUUCGACUUCAUUAACAUCCUGCAGGGCCUAAUCAUCUUCCUGGUGUUCGUGUGUCGCCCCGCCGUGCUGGUGCGCGUAUGUGAGGUGCUCUGCGGCGUCAGCUUCGCCAAGAGGUGGUUCUCAGCCCAUUACCACAAUGCGGAGGCAGACGCGACCAACAACGAAACCACAGUAAAGCAUUCCGUCAUCUGAACAUCAAAGACGGCCGCCGAGCUACUCCUGAAGCUCCGCAAGUCUGGGAUGAACGGCCAAGCCUCCUCCACCUCUGUGUGAUAGGUAGGCGGUCUCGCACUCACGCCGCACAGGAACACUGGUGAUAGUGAUGUUUUGGACUCUGAAGACUGCGUGGUGUGGUGAAAAAUGGUACAACGUGGUGGCGUGGCACCAACAUACUUGGUGAAACCUUGCAGGAAGGGAGGAGUGUGUUGUCACCCCGGGCACUCCCUUCUGCCACAAAGGCACCGGGAUGGGCGUGGCAAUGUUUUCCUUUGGUGGUGAGUGCCGAUGUUGUGUUCAGAAGCCACUCAGUCAGUCAUCUUUCUAUCUCCCGGAGGACAUUUUCUUUUGUGAGGAAUGUUUAUCAGCGCCACGAAAAAUCUUCACGUGCACAUACAUACACUCUUAACUCUGUAUGUGUGUGUGUGUGUGUGUGUGUGUGUGUGUGUGUGUGUAACCUAACCUCUUUCCUGCAUAGACAUAAUAAUCAGUUCGUAUUGUCUCUCAUCCUUCAACUUAACAUGUUCUUUGUUAUCACCGUGUGUGUGUGUGUGUGUGUGUGUGUGUGUGUGUGUGUGUGUGUGUGUGUGCACACACACACACACACACACACACACACACACACACACACACACACACACACUUAACUUAAGCUCACAUCACAAAUAAAAUUCCAUGACCUAAUAUUUAUUCUCCUGUUGGAACCUUUAUUAUCCUUUAUUAAUCCUCAUAAGAAGUCAAAUAACCAUCUCCAUGACAUAUGAAAAUAGCUUCUAUGAAAACCUUGAUACACAGAGACCUUCCAGUGUGUUGUCUCAAGUACUUUUCACGCACACUAGUGUGUGAUAUAUUUGUUUUCAAGUUGUUUACAUGAUAGCAAUGACAUUUUAGCAGUGAUUAGACAGUAAUAAAAAUGAAAAAUAGUGUGUG